AUUGACAGCUUCUGCAUUUGAUUGGGUUCUUCGCGGCCCGUAGGCAAAUCGACAGCUACCGCGAUAAUACAGUUAGAAUGGCAGAAUUCUACUCAUAGCCUAGACUCCGAUAACUAGAACAUUAUUCAGGUCUGAUGAUGGCUAAGUGGGACUCGCGAAAUCUUGAGAUUCGUAGCAAAUCGGUUGAACAGACUCUUAUUCCGCUUGUAACCCAGAUUACUACGUUGGUGAACCACAAAGAUCGGGGAUGCCGGUCCGAGAAAGCAAAACAAGCUAUCCAAGCAGUUGGAGAAGCUGUUAGGAACGCUGUUUUACGUUUUGUCAGCGUAGGAGAACAAAUUUCCAAGGAGAAUGAAGACGUAUCGGCCGAAAUGUUGGAGGCUUGCGAGGAGGCGAGGAAAGCCGGCGAAGUUAUUUCCCGAUUAACAUCCUCUAAGUGCCCUGACGUUAACAACGAGAAAACCGGCAUGGUUCGUGCGGCUCGAUCGCUUCUUUCUGCGGUAACUAGGGUCUUGAUUAUAGCGGACUCUGUUAUGAUCAAGCGACUUCUGGUGGCAGUGAAGAAGGUUGAGGACAGACUACAGGAGUUAGAAACCAUUAACUCAUUCACUGAGUUUGUACAGACGUUUAGCCAAUUUGGAGCUGAGAUGGUGGAGCUUGCACAUUUAUCUGGUGAUAGGCAAAAUGACCUCAAAGAUGACUGCCAACGUGCAGAGAUGUGCUGUGCUCGAACAAUUCUAGAAAAAUCUACCAUGAUGCUUCUUACAACUUCAAAGACAUGUCUUCGUCAUCCGGGCUCUAUGGCAGCGAAGGAUAACCGGGGCGGUGUGUUCCAGAAGAUGCGCGAAGCCAUGAAAACGAUACGUCUUAUUACCGAGGAUAAAUAUAAAGAUAAUGCAAGAAAGAACCAACCCUGUUUAGCUUUGGAUCUGCGGAAAUUCGAACACUCUCUAGAAACAUUUCGGAAAAGCGCCUCCGGCGACCACGAAGCAAAGAUCAAUUUCCAGAAAGGCUUAGAGAGAAUCCUUAUAGAUAUCGAACCCGUCAUCGACGCCCCCCAAACACGCAAGGAGAAGCGAGAGAAAAUCAUAGCUUUGUGCGAAAAUGCACAAGAUAUCAUGAAAGACAUUCUAGAAAAACACACGGAUGGCGAGGUCCCUGCUACGCCGAGCAGCAGUGCGAAUUCUUUAGAUUUAGCUUUACAGAGAGUAUCAAAAGUAGCAAUGGACUUACGGCACGAGGUCCACCAAGUAGCGACAGAUCAGGUGUUCGAGGUGUUCUCCCAUCAAGGCCACAAGAAGUCCCUUCCCUCUCUACGUAGCGCCGCAGCUGUAGGAGAUCUCGCGCAGGCCGAGCAUGCAGCCACAGUUUUUCAACAGGACGCAAAGAGGCUAGAAGACGUUUCGAAAGUUGCAAGGAGUAUGUCAGUAAACGAAGCUAUCGCUAUUACCGCUAGGAACGUCGAGGAGAAUAUCAAAUCACUUUGUCCUCAGGUCAUAGACGCUGCGCGCACUCUGUCCGCUCACCCCGUCAGUAAAAUCGCUCAAGAAAACAUGGACGUGUUUAUAGAAAUUUGGGAAACGCAAGUAGAGGAACUCGGGAAAGUCCUUCGUGGAAUCACAGCGGGUGGAGACCUCAGUAAAACGGAUUCUGGUCGGCGCAAGAGAAUGGUCUACAACGCCGAGUACGCCACACUAUAGUUAUAAUAUAAAGUCACUAUAUAAAUCACUGGGUUAACAGAUCGUAGCUGUACGUUAUGACGUCACAAGUUGGUCUGUUAAAGCAACUUAUGACGUCACAGGGACUUUGUGAAGGCAAAGACGUCAAACAAGGUAUGUGAAAGCGGCCCAUUACGUCACAAGAGUUAAGACUGCUUAUUACGUCAAAGGAAGACUGUUUCCUCGUUUUAUUUGGGAAGAAUCUUUGUAAGCUUUAAAUGGCGUAAAUGUUUGGACACCAAACUAGAAUUCUUUUCUGUGUAUUCUGGAUGUGCUAGCUAGCUGUGUAUGAGUUUGCGUUUCCUUAAAAACGCCACUUAUUUGUGACCAUCUGUAGCCUGAUAAAAAGUGCUUCGAAAGACUGUCUAAUAAAUAGUAUGUUAUUCUUUUAUCGUUUCCUAGUCCGGAUAUACAUCAGAAUAAGAGAUUAUGAGGUUCAAAUGACUUUAUCAGAUCUGUGAUAAGCUUUGAGAGUAGGCUGUUUCUAAGUUUAAUUUAGUAACGGGAACGCAUGUGAGUUAGCUAGAUCUUUAAACAAAUUACAUCUUCAGAUUAAAACAUUAUGAUUUAUUAUUAUUUUAAUUCAAAAUUCAAAUUGAACAUUUAUAAGUAUUUUUUAUUAAAGCGAUUUCAAGCAA